GCAGUUCGAAUGAGCUAAGUAGAAGUAUUUAACAUUGCUUCCCUCUCAUCUUCUCUUCUUUAUUCACUCCACUACCUAGUCAAACAUACCAAAGACCCUUCUUUUAACAGACAAAAUGGCAACUAAAACGCCCGUCCUAACCUCCAAAGCCCCCAAACCUCUACCGGGCAUCUAUUCCCAAGCCAUCAUCGCCAACGGCGUCGUCUACUGCUCCGGCGCCGUAGCCCUGGACCCCGAAACGGGGAAAUUGAUUGAUGGAGACGUCAAAGCUCAUACUCAUCAAUGCAUCAAAAACCUAACCCACGUCCUCGAAGCGGCGGGUACCACAAUCGACAAAGUGGUGAAAGUAAAUGUGUUUUUGGACAACAUGGAUAAUUUUGCGGAUAUGAAUGAGGUGUAUACGCAGUAUUGGGGGGAUGUUAAGCCUUGCCGGACGUGUGUUGCUGUCAAGACUUUGCCGCUUAAUACGGAUGUGGAGAUUGAGUGUAUUGCUGUUUUAUAGAUAUGAUGACUUGAACCUGUGGGCGGUAUUGGAAAACGGUUGCGAAAUGGAGCCUCGCUGAACGAUAUCUAUGAUGUGCAUUGGGAUAGUCUCAUAGACCAAGUUGAACUGCUCGAUCAUGAGAGAUUAAGGUCUCUAGAGUUUCUUUAAUCAUUCUAUUCUAUGCUAUAUUGUAUGCGCCGUGCAGAACCUUGCCUUAUACAUUGAUGGUUCUGCGAGAACACUCUUAGUAUAUGCCUAUAUACGAGAGAUAAGAUUUAUU